ACCUGUCCCUUGACCGGCACACCUCCAUGGCAUGACCAGAUCGACCAGCCCGAUGGCCGUCGGGGAGCCGGGACUUCAGAACCUUUCGCGUACAGAGGAUCGACAUGUUUGCCCCAGGGCUUCUCCGCUGUCGAUGGUUUUGGCGUGGGCUAGGAAGAAGUGAGCUACACGCCUCGUCGCUGCGGGGGAUUCUCAUUCCGAUGCUGAGAGGAAUUUCAGUUCUAUCCUACGCGGUGGGACCGGGAGGAAGUCGACCAGAGAUUUGGCUGCUCUGUAUUUUCGAAUUCUUCUUGUACCAGCAAUUUGGAUUAUAAGCCUCGAGUACUGGUCACUAUGAAUUUGACGGAAUUUCUAAAUUCCCCGGUUUGGAUGCCCCAUCGGAAGCGGUCUCAGACAGAUCGUUCCAAGUUCGUCCAUGUCGAGACCACCCAAAUGCCAACCCUGGCUGUCUUUGCACAUGUCUAACAUAAGAUUCUCUCGUGUUUUAGAGCCUCCCCGAGGGCCGUCGUCAUCUCUCGCCCGACCAAGGCUCAAGGUCCUCUGUGGGCGCCGUGUGACAUCAGCGAUGCAGAAUUGCUAGUUGUCUCACAAUCUGCAUUGAUGCUACGCAACUUGCUGGUCCAAUUUCGUGGAGUGCCUGGAUAUCGAAGGAAAGCUUGUCGAACAAGUUCAGAGCGAUGGUGGAUCUCCUCAAUGCAAUGGAGAGUUCCUCGGGCUUCUUCUUUUUGACUUUGUGGAGAGAGGUACUACUGUAACCGACAUGAACAUUUUCUCCCACUGCUUGUUCAUGUGUAACGCUUGAGAACCUCCAUGCUUCUGAUUUCAAUAGAGCAUGCUCCCAUUAUCACAAUGUAUUGAUUAAAAUAUACUUGUCAUGAAUCAUGUGCACUUUUUAAGAAUGAUGACCCUGCUCAAUGAUCAAGUUUCUAUAAUCAUAUGACAUGGAUUUCACAC